UGCUGUUCUGGUCAGCCCGGCUGAGCGGGCGUCUGCGCGGGUGACUUGGGCGCAAGGGCCUGUGGUCCCGCCACACGGCCUCCUUGCCCUCGCUGAAGAGCUGAAGGUGCUCCAGCUGCGGAGCCGAGAAGAGACCACAGAGGACAACGACAGAAGCAGGGAGACAGCACGUCUUGCCAGCUAUCCAGCCAUGGACUAUGGUGAUGGCACAGACUCUGGGAUUGCCGUGGAUGUGUAUCUACACUUAACAACGAGGAGACCUUGUAUGAAGAAAGGAAGGCCUGAAAGAGUUCUGUAGAACAAGAUCAAGGGAGAAAAGGAGCUGGCGGCUGGCUUCGGACUCUGAGCGGUGCGCAGCUCGUUCCCGAGCCAGUCAGCCCCGAACCUGCGAAGGGCUCCUCGCUCCUGCCAGCCUUCACCAAGGAAAUCGCAGCCCCCGGAGGCAGCUGGAGCUACACCGGCGGCAGGAUAUGUAGGCAGAGCACCCAGCACUUGCUUGCCUUCCCAAUAUGUACACUGCGCUGUCUGGCAACUCAGGAUCAGUUUCUGAUUAAUGUUCGUGAACAGGUUUGAAUGUGUAUUUGGCUACUUGGCUACUGAUUAGAGAACACAAAAUGAAUAACUCAACAAACUCCUCUAACAGUGGCCUGGCUCUGACCAGUCCUUAUAAGACAUUUGAAGUGGUGUUUAUUGUCCUUGUGGCUGGAUCCCUCAGUUUGGUGACCAUCAUUGGGAACAUUCUGGUCAUGGUCUCCAUUAAAGUCAACCGCCACCUCCAGACCGUCAACAAUUACUUUUUGUUCAGCUUGGCCUGUGCUGACCUCAUCAUUGGUGUUUUCUCCAUGAACUUGUACACCCUCUACACUGUGAUUGGCUACUGGCCUUUGGGACCUGUGGUAUGUGACCUUUGGCUCGCCCUGGACUAUGUGGUCAGCAAUGCAUCAGUGAUGAAUCUGCUCAUUAUCAGCUUUGACAGGUACUUCUGUGUCACAAAACCGCUCACCUACCCAGUCAAGCGGACCACGAAAAUGGCAGGUAUGAUGAUUGCAGCUGCCUGGGUCCUCUCCUUUAUCCUCUGGGCCCCGGCCAUUCUCUUCUGGCAGUUCAUCGUGGGGGUGAGAACUGUGGAGGAUGGGGAAUGCUACAUUCAGUUUUUCUCCAACGCUGCUGUCACCUUCGGUACUGCCAUUGCAGCCUUCUAUUUGCCUGUGAUCAUCAUGACCGUGUUAUACUGGCACAUAUCCCGAGCCAGCAAGAGCAGGAUAAAGAAGGACAAGAAGGAGCCUGUGGCCAACCAAGACCCAGUUUCUCCCAGUCUGGUACAAGGCCGGAUAGUGAAGCCAAACAACAACAACAUGGCCGGCAGUGACGAUGGCCUGGAGCACAACAAAAUCCAGAAUGGCAAAGCCCCCAGGGAUGCGGUGACCGAAAACUGUGUCCAGGGAGAGGAGAAAGAGAGCUCCAACGAUUCCACCUCAGUCAGUGCCGUCGCCUCUAACAUGAGAGAUGAUGAAGUCACCCAGGAUGAGAACACAGUGUCCACUUCCCUGGGCCAUUCCAAAGAUGAGAACUCUAAGCAAACAUGCAUCAGAAUUGUCACCAAGACCCAAAAAGGUGACUCAUGUACCCCAACUAAUACCACCGUGGAGCUCGUUGGUUCUGCAGGUCAGAAUGGAGAUGAAAAGCAGAAUAUUGUAGCUCGCAAGAUUGUGAAGAUGACGAAGCAGCCCGCCAAAAAGAAGCCUCCUCCCUCCCGGGAGAAGAAAGUGACCAGGACAAUCUUGGCUAUUCUGUUGGCUUUCAUCAUCACUUGGGCCCCAUACAAUGUCAUGGUGCUCAUUAACACCUUCUGUGCACCCUGCAUCCCCAACACAGUGUGGACAAUUGGUUAUUGGCUCUGCUACAUCAACAGCACGAUCAACCCCGCGUGCUAUGCACUUUGUAACGCCACCUUCAAGAAGACCUUUAAACAUCUUCUCAUGUGCCAUUAUAAGAACAUAGGCGCUACGAGGAUGAAAUGCCACGGUUACAAGCUAACACGGAGACUUAAACAUAAGGAAAUAGACAUCACACAAUGGAGAAGUGAAGAAAGAGAAUCAAAACAGGAUGUAGAAAUGGGCUCCAGAGUGUUAAGCAUCUAUUAUUCUUUUGUUACAGUUUUAUUUGGAGAAUUGCAACAUAAUAAAUGCUCUUUCCCCUUUACCUUUCCCUUUUCCCACCAUCAAAAGAAAGCAAACAAACAAAAACCCUAACUAGAUCAGAUCGUUAUUUUUCUCAUUAUACC